UAUACAUCACAGGAAAAGUUCAGAGUUGCAGUGUUGGUUUCUCAAGCUGCUCUUCAGUUUAUUCAUGGUCUAAAUUUGUCAACUGAGUACACUGUACCAGAAGAAGUUAAAACCGCGGGCUUUGAAAUUUGUGCUGAUGAGUUGGGAUCGAUUGUUGAGGGACGUGAUGUGAAAAAGUUGAAAAUUCAUGGUGGCGUUGAGGGUAUCACAAACAAACUAAAUACCUCGGUUGAUGAUGGGAUAUCAACAUCUGAGCACUUGCUCAAUCAGAGAAAAGAAAUUUAUGGAGUUAAUAAAUUUACUGAAAGUCCAGCUCGUGGAUUCUGGGUUUUUGUAUGGGAAGCCCUUCAGGAUACAACCCUCAUGAUACUUGCUGUCUGUGCCUUGGUCUCUUUAGUGGUUGGUAUAGUAAUGGAAGGGUGGCCCAAAGGUGCACAGGAUGGAAUUGGUAUUGUUGCUAGCAUAUUGCUUGUAGUGUUUGUCACUGCCACAAGUGAUUACCGACAAUCACUGCAGUUUAAGGAUCUAGAUAAAGAGAAGAAGAAAAUUACAGUUCAGGUAACGAGAAAUGGCUGUAGGCAGAAGCUUUCAAUAUAUGAUCUGCUUCCUGGUGAUAUUGUCCAUCUAAAUAUUGGAGAUCAGGUACCUGCUGAUGGGCUUUUCGUGUGUGGUUUCUCUGUGUUAAUAAAUGAAUCAAGCUUGACGGGGGAAAGUGAACCAGUCAAUGUCAAUGAACUUAAUCCCUUUCUGCUGUCUGGAACCAAAGUCCAAGAUGGAUCAUGCAAGAUGCUUGUGACCACUGUUGGAAUGAGGACCCAGUGGGGUAAACUAAUGGCUACUCUUAGUGAAGGGGGAGAUGAUGAAACACCUUUACAGGUAAAACUGAAUGGUGUUGCUACCAUUAUUGGGAAAAUAGGCCUCUUUUUUGCAGUUGUGACCUUUUCUGUGUUGGUCCAAGGGCUAUUUAGCCGCAAGCUGCGAGAAGGAUCCCAGUGGACAUGGUCUGGUGAUGAUGCUAUGGAAAUUGUGGAAUUCUUUGCUAUUGCUGUUACUAUUGUUGUUGUUGCAGUUCCUGAAGGUUUACCUUUAGCAGUAACAUUAAGCCUUGCUUUUGCAUUGAAAAAGAUGAUGAAUGAUAAGGCACUUGUUCGUCACUUGGCUGCUUGUGAGACAAUGGGAUCUGCAACUACCAUUUGCAGUGACAAGACUGGCACACUAACUACUAACUAUAUGACUGUUGUAAAAGCUUAUAUAUGUGGGAAGAUUAAAGAAGUAAACAGUUCUAAGGUCUCUUCUGAUUUCUCAUCUGAUAUUCACGAUUCUUCUGUAGCAAUUCUACUUGAAUCAAUAUUUAACAACACGGGAGGAGAGGUUGUCAAAAACAAAGAUGAGAAGAUUGAAAUUCUGGGGUCGCCAACUGAGACUGCACUUUUAGAAUUUGGACUGUCACUUGGUGGUGAUUUCCUAAAGGAACGACAAAGGUCAAAACUUGUGAAAGUUGAGCCGUUUAAUUCUAUAAAGAAGCGCAUGGGGGUAGUUUUACAGCUUCCUGAUGGUGGUUUCAGAGCACAUUGUAAAGGUGCCUCUGAAAUAGUUCUAGCUGCAUGUGACAAAGUUGUGGACUCAAGGGGCGAGGUUGUUCCACUCAAUGAAGACUCCAUCAAUCACAUGAAUAAUAUCAUUGAGACAUUCGCUGGUGAAGCUCUCCGAACACUUUGCCUUGCUUACAAGGAUAUUCAUGAUGAAUUUUCUGUUGGAACUCCUAUUCCUACUAGUGGUUACUCCUGUAUAGGAAUUGUGGGUAUCAAAGAUCCAGUUCGUCCUGGUGUUCGAGAGUCUGUUGCCAUUUGUAGGUCAGCUGGUAUUGUUGUUAGAAUGGUUACUGGAGAUAACAUAAAUACAGCAAAGGCAAUUGCUAGAGAAUGUGGAAUUUUAACGGAUGGUAUUGCAAUUGAAGGCCCUGAGUUUCGUGAGAAGACUGAGGAGGAAUUGCUUGACAUCAUUCCGAAGAUUCAGGUAAUGGCCCGAUCUUCACCAAUGGAUAAACAUACCCUGGUGAAACACUUAAGGACAACAUUUCAAGAGGUAGUUUCAGUUACUGGUGAUGGAACAAAUGAUGCUCCAGCACUUCAUGAAGCAGAUAUUGGACUUGCAAUGGGCAUUGCUGGAACUGAGGUGGCAAAAGAAAGUGCUGACGUAAUAAUUCUAGAUGAUAAUUUUUCCACUAUUGUGACCGUAGCCAAAUGGGGCCGCUCGGUCUACAUAAACAUUCAGAAAUUUGUGCAGUUUCAGCUAACUGUUAAUGUAGUUGCUUUGAUCGUCAAUUUCUCUUCUGCCUGUUUGACUGGAAAUGCUCCUCUCACUGCUGUUCAACUUCUUUGGGUCAACAUGAUUAUGGACACUCUUGGAGCACUUGCACUUGCCACUGAACCUCCUAACGAUGAGUUGAUGAAAAGACCACCUGUUGGUAGGAAAGGAAACUUCAUCAGUAAUGUGAUGUGGAGGAAUAUCUUGGGACAGUCUAUAUAUCAAUUUGUCGUAAUAUGGUUCCUACAGACCAGAGGAAAAGCAGCAUUUCAUCUUCAUGGCCCAGAUUCUGAUAUGACAUUGAAUACACUUAUUUUCAACUCAUUCGUAUUCUGUCAGGUUUUCAAUGAGAUUAGCUCCAGAGAUAUGGAGAGGAUAAAUGUGUUUGAAGGUAUAUUGAAGAAUUAUGUGUUCGUAGCUGUGCUCACUUGCACUGUGGUCUUCCAAAUUAUUAUUGUUGAAUUUUUGGGCACCUAUGCAAACACAUCUCCACUUAGUUUGAAGCAGUGGUUCGGUAGCGUUCUCUUUGGAGUCUUUGGCAUGCCAAUUGCGGCAGCUCUAAAGAUGAUCCCCGUGGGAUCUGUCUAAAAUCAAUGCAGACAAAUUAGUUAGCCAGGAAAAUUUGUGGAUGCCCAUUAUUUUUUGAAGACCAGAAGGGCAAUGCCCAGGAGUAAAAAGUGCUUCCAUUCAAUCCUAAAGAAGCAGUGAUGGCUGCACACAAACUUUGGCUUCUCAGAGUUUUCAGGUACUCGAUGGAUCGGAGUUCAGUAGGUCUGUUAUAAGAGAAUUGCAUUUGCUCUAGUUCUGCACAAUGUACAUUGUUCUGUGAAUUGGGCAGCUCCCUCUGUAGUUCCUAAAGAAGGUUUGAUGUCUUUUCUUCGGUACUCAUAAUUUAGUGUUGAGGCCGUUGGAACAAAAUUAUUUUAUUGUUUGAAACUAGUACCUGGUCAAGAUUUUAA